UAAUAAAUUAUAAUUGAAAUUUUUUUCCCGAUACUAAAUGGCCAUUAAUUAGAUAAAGUAGAGGAUUUUCGAGGUCGACAGUCGGUGCAACGAGAAUCCCGAUUUCCGUACCGUUUUCCCGUACAAACCCGACCGGGCAAAGAAAUUUUUUUAAAUGAUGUUUUCAAUUUUUGUCAACACAACAUUGCGUCUGCCAUGAUGAUGUUUGUAGCGUCGUUUCGGUGCAACGGAUCCCCAAAGUUUUCCGGAUAAUGUCGAUUGUUUGGCCACGGUUUAACAGUGAACUGGUAAUGGUGCGAUUCUGUGAUUAAUUAGCUUUUAGGAUAACGCUAGUUUGUGCAUUUAAAUAAAAAUCAGAAUGGUUGUGGAUGUGCAUGCCAGACCCUUCCAAAACAACCAUAAAAUGCAGCCCACCUCGAUGACACCGAAAGAGUUGUCGGAUAACGACGAUAUCGCCACGUCUCUGGUGCUCGACCCGAUUUUGGGGUUCAAUUCCCAUAAGAUGAACAUCAGACAUCGCCCCAUCAGGGCCAACACCACCGAACUGAGGAAAAUCGUGGAGGAUUUUAUUAAGGAACAGAACUACGAGAGUGCUUACGGGCGGAUUUCUAAGGGGGAAUGGAUGCCCAGGUUGAGAUCGAAGAAUCAGCAAAAGAAACUGCAGGAACAUAUUUACAGAUACCUCCGAGUAUUCGAUAAAGACUCGGGUUUCGUCAUAGAACCGUGUUACCGGUACUCCCUGGAGGGUCAAAAAGGGGCGAAAAUCUCGGCGACACGUCGUUGGCAUAAAAACGACAAGAUCGAAUGCCUGGUCGGUUGUAUCGCGGAAUUAACAGAACGCGAAGAGGAAGAGCUCCUACACCCCGGCAAAAAUGACUUUUCAGUCAUGUACAGUUGCCGUAAAAACUGCGCCCAGCUAUGGCUAGGUCCGGCAGCUUAUAUCAAUCACGAUUGCCGGGCAAACUGUAAAUUUGUAGCUACCGGACGGGAUACGGCUUGCGUAAAAGUCUUAAGGGACAUAGAGAUCGGUGAGGAGAUCACUUGUUUCUAUGGGGAGGAUUUUUUUGGGGACAAAAAUUGCUAUUGCGAGUGUGAGACCUGUGAGAGACGGAAAACGGGGGCUUUUGCCAAAGAGAACGAUAAUAAGGAGGAAAACGGGUAUCGGCUAAGGGAAACCGAUAAUCGUUUGAACCGAACUAAGCAGAAAGUGGUGCACCAUAGAGAGCAUAAGAAUGUUACUAACAGUUUCAACGAGAGGUUACAUCAGGGUGGUAAUAACAUCGUGUCGCCCCUUAGUAUGAAGGAAUUAAGGCAGAAGGGACUUACUAAGUAUGACGCCGAGUUGUUGAUUGCGCAAGGAUGUAAAUUUUCAGAUUUAGGCGAGUUUCAAAGUUUGAAACGGACCAGUCGGAGUAGCUCCGGCUCCACCGAAAACCACAAAAGUUUUACUGACAAAAAAUCUGUGAUAAUAAACGAGGAAGUCGGCGCGAAGGUGUCCACGGUGACGUCACGGACCGCCCGGUUACAACGUAGACAGGCCCAGAGGGACACUCAGGAUUUGACCCAAAGCGGUACGGAAUUGACCGCGGAAUCCCGUUCGAACCUGCUCGACGAUUUGCAAAGUAACGCGAGCAGUUGUCCGAGCACGUUCAGCGAUAACGAUCCCGUCUGCGACGCCACCCAGCAGGAUAAACUGUUCAACGAUUGUCACGAGAGUGGCAAAUUGGGUACCGACGAUUCCGCAGGCAUCACGUUGAGAAACCACAAAUGUCUCGUUUCGGAACCGUCAACUGGCGUCACCGCUGCCAAACUGGACGCGGACUGCCACAGUUGUAACGGCGAUAACAACAAUCACAUACAUAAGGGGGAGGAGGAGGAGGCCGUUUGUCCUGCGGACGAAAUUAAUAAGAAGAAACAUAGGUCCCCACGUCACCCGAAACGUCCUCCGGUAACGUGCAAUCCCACCUCGGAAACGACUUUAAAUGACAAUAAUUGUGAUAGUGAAGUGAAAAGUGACGUUUAUGAAUUCAACGAGGACGGCAAUACCGAUGACAUCCUACCACUGAGACAGAGAGGAGAAGUGAAAGAAGAGAGUGAAAACGGAUUUCAGGAAGUGUCAGUGGAUCAGAGCGAGACGCAGACGAAGACUUUUUGCCCCACAACAGAGCUUGAUUCGUAUAAUAAAAAUCCACCAGAGUGUGUUCAACCGAAUGCGGCGGAAAAGACUCCGGAAAAGUGCGGCGGAAGGUUAAAGUUGACGUUACGGAUGAAACGCAGUCCGGUCCUGGACGAGGUGAUCGAGUCCGGGAACAGUCUGAGCGAGGAGUACUUCGAGCCGGAGUACGAAAUUUUACGGGUGGAAGGCGUGGAGGGUGAGGAGGCCACUUACACCCCUUACUCUCAUAGGAAGAAGAGGCACAAAUCCAAGGAUCGGAAACGGGAGAGGCGCUUAAAGCACACCGAGGAAGAGGAUGAGGUACAGCCGCAGCUACCGAUGAAAAGACUCCGACUCAUUUUCGGCAACGAGAGUCACACCAUUGACAUACCGUCCACUAGCGCCCGUUGCGGUGACACCUGAACAUCCGGGAAAUUGCAUUUUCUUCGUGGAAAAACCCGACAUCAUUUUUUUUUUAAACACCGUGUUUUCCGGUUUUAUUUUGCCAUAAUGUGCGGGUGCCCAGGUACCACUCGGAGGGUAAAAACGGAUUUUUUUUUAACUGAUUUUAUAUUUUUUUAUUAAUACCUUAUUAUUGGUGUUCUUAUACAGGGUGGGCCUAAGUAAAUAACUAGCUUGGCAUGUAAAAUAAAUCCUAAAACAAGCGACAAAGAUGGAACGUAUGGCGCACACAUUAAAAAUGGUUUUUAGGUGCACAACAUUCAACAUAUUUAUCUUAGAAUUACAUUAAAAUUGUUAUAACAGUCCUGAAGAUGGUUCAAAUCGAGGCCAAAACGUUGAGUUUGUGGCAAAAAAAAAGUUCUUAAUCAGUUUUCCCAAAUUCCAUUGAAUAUGCCCAUUUUUAGUUGAGAUAGAUUGCAGGACUUUUAACAGUCUAAGGUCAUUUUACAGUUUUAUUCCAGGAAUUUGGUUUUAGUGUUAAUCCCUGGAAUAAAACUGAAAUCCGUUUUAGAAUUCGACGUUUCGUUUUUGAGAUGGUCACCCUCAACCUUGUUUUUCCUUUUAAAUACGGUUCUGGCAUUUUUAAUUUAGGAGAGAGGUCGUACUGAGGAGAAAAUUUGAGAAAAAGCUUAAUUUUUGGAAAAAAAAAUUAAAUAUUUUUUCAGGGGUGUAUGCAAGAUAAAUUUUGAAAAUUUAUUUAAUUUUUUAGAUGUUAGAACUGUACUCUAAGAAAAAUAUGGAAAAAAGGAAAAUUCUUGUUUAUUACUCCUUCCUGGUAAAAAAUUUGAAUUCCAAGGAUUUCUUGUCAUCAUUAUUUUGACCAUCAACAACUUUAAUAUAUUUUUUAAUACGCCUUUGCAUUUUUAAAUCGAAAAUGCCUGGAAGACCAUGUUAACAACUGCUUGGAAGAACUGCGUUUAAGCCUCAGGAAAAAAUAAAUGGAAUAUUCCAGGCAUUUAACCUGGAAUAAUAUUUAAAAGGCUUAUUAAAUGCCAAGAAGUCACUUAAAAUGAGCCGAGUAACUGUUUCUAAAGAAAAACAUAUUCAUUUGUUUGGAAGAGGUCUAAAAUGACCUUAAAUGCCUGGAAGAAAUUAGAAAUUACUUUAAAACCUGGAAUAUUUAAAAGUAGCUCCAUUUCUUUCCAAGGGUCAGCUUUAAAUGCCAAGAAAAGAAUUAAAAUGAAUAAUGAUUAAUAUUAAAGUAAAAUAAAAUUAAGAUUAAUAAAAAUAAACAUGAAAAGUUUGGAACAUAUGAAAAAUGACUUUUAAUCCGACUGAAGUGCAGGAAUACUAAAAAAAAAAAACAAAUUUUUGUAAUUUUCCAGGCUCAGAAAUUGUUUUUUAAAAAAAUCUCCUUUUUGGAAAAAAAUUGAAUUCCAAUAAUCGUGUUUCUCCUUAGUAACAUUAAUUUUAUCAAACUUAACAGCCGACGCGACGUUUCAAAUUUAAAAGUCCAGCGGCGUACUUGAUAAAAAUCUGACGGAAUAUUAAUAUAUACAUGUUAAGUCGUUCUACGCAAAUUCAGAAAAAGCUUUACUAAAGUUAUGACAAAAAAAAAUAUAUAUUAAAUGAGUUUUUAGAUAACACUCACAUCAAUUUAUUUAAAUGUAGAAUGUCCUUAAUCAGCUAAAAUAAAUAAACAAAAAUGGAUAAGACAAGUUUUGAUUAGUUAUUUUGGAUUUGACAAGUUAUGCUGCAAAAAAAAUAAAACAACGCCGAGUUUGAGAAGGGACAUCUAUAUUUUUAAAAGUACAAAAGUCUUAAAAGUUAAAUUCUUAAUUCUUCUUCAUCUUCUGCUUCUCGGGGUUCGCAAAAUUGAUCUUCUGGAACUUCAGAAUUAGGUCCUAGCAAUGGCUGCGAUAUUCCAUCUAAAACAUCUUUAUAAAACUUUAAAUCCUCUUUGCUCUUCCAUUCAUUUCCCAAAUGUUUUUCUAGUAAAUUAUCAACAUCCUUUAACUUGGCAGAAUUCACUGGAGCUCCCAUUGGAACAGUGUCUGGAGCAAAAUGAUCUCAUUUUUUUCCUUUUUUUAAAAUCGACUUGGGUACCUCAGUAUCCGAGUUAUAAAAUUGUUCUCCUCUAACCAUAAUAUUAUUUUCAACAGAGUUUUUAGUCAAUAUAAACCUUUUAGCAAAGGAAAACUUAAAAUGCCAAGAGCUAACAUUUUUAAAAAAAUCGCCAACUUAAGAUUUCCAGUCCAUAACCAGACAGUCUUGGCCUAAGUUUACUACAGUACCGUGUUUUUUAAAAAAAUCCAAAUAUAUUUUAGGAUCGAUAAUCGUCGACAAUUUUUUUAAUUCCUUUUCAAUUCUACCGAAUACCCUAUCAGGUGGUAAAUAUGAAUGUCCAGGAACAGGAAAAAUGAUUUCUAUGGAUUUAAUAUUGGACGGUGCGCGAUAUUUAUAAGAAAAUGAGAUAACAUACCUAUCAUUGUUGAAUUGCAAUUUUGUCCACCGCAUCCGUCAGCACAUAGCCUUAUGACCGAAUAAGAGGACAAAUCAGCUUUUGAAAGAACAUCAUAGACUGCCGAAGAGAUUUUAUUCGAACCCUUUUUAUGUUGAUGUUCCACCCAAGUGUAGAUAUGAACGUUUUCCAUGGUCAUUUUUGCUUUGGAAGAACCUUGAAUAGCAGUAAAGUUAUAUGUGUAUAACUGCCUGCUAUAAUAAGCAAUCUGGUCGGGGACCUUGGGAUUGACCAAAUUUCAAUCAAACGAAUAUGUUAUCAUAUUGCAGUCAACCUCUUUAAGUUUGGCAAAAAAUGCAUUGGCUCUUAGCUUCUCAACUAGCAAUUUUAGUUACGGCUACAACAUUGUUUGACUAUAUUACUUUAUUCAAGUAAUAAAUCGGUAACCAAAAAAUAUCUUAUAAGUUUAAAUAACUGCCAAGUAAAAAAAUAGUAGUAAGAAAUACGUAAUAUUAACUUAAUACUUGACUAUAUAGUAAUUAUUACUUUGCGGUAACUCUGAUGGUAGCUGAUACCGCUUAGCGACCUGACCUAAUUACCUUUACAACGUCGUUACUAUAAAGUAGAAAAUAUUGGUCGGUGGGACGAUUAAAUGGGAACUUUUAAGUAAGCGCGAUUACAAAGUUAAAUUUCAAGUUCUCAAGGAACAUCAAAAUAUUACCACGCAGUAAUACACUUUGAAGUAAUAUUAUCAGUAACAAGACCGAAAUAGUUAUCCUUAUUUCUUCUUUAAAGUAAUAUUUACCACCUUGGCUAUUAAAGCAAAUAACCUUUAAGUAAUUAUUUCUACUAUGCAGUAAAAUAUACUUUAUAGUAGCAUUUUUUUGAAAUAAUUUACUUAUUCCUAAGUCAUUUUUACUUUGAAGUAACAAAAGAAACUUCUUGGUAACUCUAACAACAAUUCGCCAUAUUUUUUUUAAUUAUUUGACUCCGUUUUGUGAAAAGGUAUUGCACGAUUUUACGAAUUUGCUACAAUCGGAAUACUUUUACAUUUUAUGCAAUUUUUAUUAACUUAUAGACUUCUUAUAUUCAUAGGAGUAAAGAGGAGUGAAAAAAAUUAUCUAUCUUCUUUAAAAAAUUAAAUUUUAAUAUUUAGACUUGGUAUAUUUUUUUGUUAAAAGUCAUUAUUUUAAUGAGGCGUUCUUUAUUUUCGUCCUAUAUUGCCUAUGUUUAACAGUAAAAUUUGCUUCGUUUACAUUUUUCCACUCCGGUAAGCGAUAAUAUCAGCUAUAUUAAAUACAAUAUAAAGUGAAUUAACCCCGAUACAACGCCAUCACUCACAAAAAAAGAAAGAGAAUCAAAAUGUUUGCAUAAUAUUGUCUCAGUAACUUCUUAGUAACUAGCACUGCACAAUUACUACUUUAUAACAUCCCGAAAACCACUAUGGGAUGGUAAAAAGAAGUUCCCGGGACGAUAGAAUUACGUAUUUGCUACAGCAAAAUCAUUGCCAAUUUUGGUAAAAAAGUGGUAACAGACGGUGCCUAAACGGUUCCCGCAACUAGUAACCACAACUUUAAAGUAUUCUUUAUAGUCGCGAUUACGUAGCUGUUGCCAAAAAUGCUAGUUGGGUUGUGUACCCUUUUUUCUAUCAUCAAUUGGUUUUUUUUAUCGACGUCUUUUUCUAAUUUUAUUUUUUCAGAAAGCUCAAUGCAUUUGGAACCUGCAUCGGUUACAGGACUUCCAAAUCCAAUGUUGUAUUCUCUUGAAAAAAUGUGAUGGAAAAAAGUUUUUUUUACUUUAAAGGUCGCUUUUUGAUUGUAGAGCCUCCAAAGCUUGGAUUACUACUCAAAUAUUGCCGACUACUUGAUUUCGAACGACAAUAAUGGCUUUCCACUCCUUUCAAACUCUCCAGAAAUUUUCUCACGGCCACUCGCUUUUCUUCGUAUUUUUUGCUUACGCGAUCGCCACCACGAUUUUCUCCGGGCAAAAGCCCAGUUUCAAGAUAUCGCCUGGCAAUUCUUUGGACGCGAUCCUUAGAGAUAUUAAGAAUGUUCAAAAACGUUUUUUGGCAAAUUUGUAUUUCAAAUUUUUGGCAACCGGACUUUUUCACAAAAUACUUAACACUUACACCUUUUCGGCUGCUACCUACUUUUAUAAUGUCUAUCGCGCUUGGGUUGUGAACAUUUACAAAAUUUUAAUAUGUACGCAUCUUGCUCCUUCUUGGUUUUCCCCUGAUAAAAGUUUUGAUGAAAGUCAUAAACAUCUCGGCUGGUUAAUCUUAUACAUUUGUAUGUUUUUCCAUUGUGACCGCAGGUAGGAUAGACUGGCAAACCUUUGGCGGAACGCCUAAAGUAGCAAAACAAUUGAGGCGGCUAGAAUAAAAGGGGUAUAAGUAAAAACAAAAAUAAGCAUUUUGAGAAAAUUGUAUUUAAAGUCUAUUGGUGUUUAAAAAGUCAGCAAAAAAGGUAGAAAACUCUUUUAUGUUGGUCUAACUGUUACUAUGGCAGUUAUUUUUUGGGUUUAGUUUGUUUUUUCAAAAUGUAUAAUAUAUUUUUAAAAAUUUUGAAAAAUGUACCCAUUUUAUUCUGAACGUUUUUGGAUACAAAAUUAUACUACUAAAAGUGAUUUAGAAUGCUCUUUACUCAACUUAAACAUCAAAAAUCUCUUAAAACAAACACGUAAAUGAAACACUAUUCAUUAUCUGAAUAUAAUAACAGGUCUACAUCUUCGGUAUCUUCUUCAUCGUCAUCUGCCAUACUUGUCUCUGGUAACUGUUCUUCUGGCUUUUCCCGCUAAUGUCUUCCUUUUUUUUCUAUUGGAAUAGUCGCCUUACUACCAGAACUUUUCUGUUUUUUACUUUUUCCUUUGCCCUUUCCUUCAUAUUCAAUAUUAUUAUAGAAUUCGGGAGGCAUUUUUAAAGUUUAAAUUUGGCCUACCUGUUGUUUUGCAAGGACAGAGACAUGUAUAAAACAGCACCAUUGGAUCCAAUAAUGAUUUGUGUUUAAAAGAAAAUGCCUCUUUUGAAUAAAAGAAGUACUGAAUUUCCGUCCACCUGAUUACAUGAUUAUCAAUAUCUUUUUUAGGGUCACUUAUAAUUUGGUUUAAUUGAGCAAAACUAUAAAAGUUUUCCCUUUUCAUCUCAUGGACUGUAAAUUUUUUAGAGGAUUGUUGUAUGACGGUCAUCCAGUGUUCUGGUAUAAAAAUUUGCGGUAUUUUACGUUUAACCUUUUCAAUAAUACCAAAAUCCUGGUCACACUCCAUAAACGUAUGUCCGGGCUCCAAAAAUUUGUGAUGAAUCUCUUGAAUUUUAGUAGAUUUUACCAGGAACAUAAAUAAUGUUGCUAUAUUUUUAUUUUUAUUUUGUCCACCGCAGGAAUCACUAUAAGCUAUUAUUUUAGUGAUAGUUGGAGGUAGAACUUCAUUGAUAAAAUGAACCAAACAGGAACCAAUUUCUUGUGAUCCUCUCGAUGCCACUGUCUCGUUCCAAACAUACAUAUGCGAUUUUCCAGUUACCAGGUUAUGUACACAGAAGUCCAGAGUUGCCUAAGAUAAAAAAACUUUUGAGGUGGUUAUAAGUGGAGUGGGUAGGGCUUGCUGGAGAUCAAAGCACACCACAUAUGUGUCAGCAGAAUCUUUAUUUUCCAGAAUAUCUGACUUUUUCACAGCCAAUGCCUUCUCAGCUUUUCUAUUAUGAAGGUCCUGUUAACUUUUACCUCCUUGAUCUUAAUUUCGUCUUUAGAAUAAUUAAUAAUAUUUGCAUAGCUAUCACACAUACUGCACGUGUCGGAAUUAGGGCGGUGAAAUCUGAAAUUAAAUUCUGUAUUAAAUAUGUAUCUGUAAUAAGAUUCUUUCACAGGAGUAGCAUUACUCUCUAUGCAAUACUCUUUGUACAAACUAUAAUUUUUUUUUAAAUUCAGGUCUGAUGCCAGAUAUCGAGUGUUUAAAUUUGAUUUCCUUGAGUAAUGGGAUGUGUACUUAGGAAACAUUUGGAUAUGUUCCAUUACUAAUUUUCGACGUGCAGGUUCCAUUUUUCUGCCAGGACCUAUAUAUAUACCUCUCUUGUCAUAUAUAUCUCCUCUGUGUCUCCUGUCAAUCUUGUAAAAAAAAAAACAUAAAAUACCUUUCGCGUUUUAGUAUUUAUCUUUUCCACUGAGAUUUGUCACUGAUAUUUCUUCUGCAUUUACCCCGUUCUGCGGGGAUAAUUUUUUGCUCCAUAUUAAAAAUAACUAGAUAGUUCUAUAAAUUAUAAUUUCAAUAAAAAUACCUUAAAAGUUAGUUAAAAACAAAGAAUUUGGUAAGAAUAUCUUGCAAUAACUUUUAUAACUUAUACUAAUCCAAAUAAUUUACAAAAAUAUAAAACGGGUGAUACAAGUGUGAUACAAGUGGAUAAGGCUAAAGUUUUGCGAUAACAGCAAUAUUUUGCCGUUGAAUUUUAUUAUUGACAUACUUUUUUCAUUUCAAUUGAAAUAAUUUUAAUUUUUUUCCUACUAUUAAGCAAAUGAAGCUAUUUUUAAAUAUUCCAGGUUUUUGACGUCAUUUCUAAUUUAUAUCAGGCAUUCAAAGUCUAUUAAAACAGUUAGACUUUGCAUUUUUAAAUUGAAAAGUGCAGGAAGGUACCUACUUAAGAAAAAAUUGUCAAAGUGGAGGAAUAUUAAAAAAAAUAAUGAUUUUUCCAGGAUCGAAAAAAAUUAAAUCAAUCUUUGGAAAAUCGACAUUUUUACAAAAAAAAAGGGAAAUUUGCAUUUUCACUCUUUGCUGGAAAAAAAUUAUUUCGAAGUAUUUCUUAGCUUUUCUCAGUACGAGACUCUGUAUUUAUGCAUUAAAAAAUCCAGAACCGUACCUAGGAAAAAAUAAAAAGGAUCUACAUAAAAAUGCGAGUUUUUGAGGCUUUUCGAGUCUUUUUUGGCCUUAAAUAGCCAAAAAAAAAACAAUGAAAAUUUUAAAAAUCAUUUUUCUCCUAUACUGUAACAAAAUAUUCGGUUUCCUCAAAAGCUUCCAUCUUGUGCCGAUCGCUUUAUACCAAAGUCCACCCUGUAUAUUUCUACAUUUUCCAUCACACUUAUAUUUAUUAUAAUUUUUUUUACAAAAAUCCUACAUAUUACGGCCCUAUACCCCACAAUUAAGAAAAAAAAACAUUUAAUUCGCGUUUAAUAUAUGUGAUAAAAAGCAGACUUACUGUGUAACAUUCGUGUAAAAAAAAAAAGCUAAUUUUACACCACACUGUAAAUAUUAAUUAAUCAUAAACUUAUCUAUUUUUUUAUUUAUUAGGAUUACAUUAAGUUCAGUACAGGGUUGUCUCCCGAAAUAAUAAUUAAAAAAAAAUCAGUUGAUAUACUGCCUUAGGUACUCUUAAAUUAAUUAAAUCAAUUAUUAGCCAAAUUAAACUUUAUUAAAAACAAUUUUUUAGCUUUAAGCCCUAAACUACGUCUUGUAAUAUAGUUUUUAAUUAUAAACGUUUUAAUUUUAAGCGAAAUUCACAAUUUUUUCUUUUGUAAAUAAAAUUAUUUAUUAUUAUUAUUAUUACCAUUGGUUUGUAAUCUACUGACUUAAGUAAGUUAAACUUAAAGGUGUAAACGUCUCCUUCAUUCUUAAAUUGAACAUUCUUGUUGUUAACUGUUAAAUGGGUCAUUCCACAUGGACACUCCCUGCUCCGUAUAUAAAAUUGUAUUCGCAGUAGAUGUACAAAACCGAUUCUUGGGAUUCCUAAUACCUCACCGUUUUAUUGUAUAUAUUUAUGUAUAUUAGGCGAUUUUUGUAUUUCUGUCGGUAUACUAUUAAGUGGAUAUUUUCAGAUGUGUAAAUCUCUGGCGAAAAAUAAAACUUUUUGUGUACAUUA